CCACGCCCACCAGACAAUAGCCUCGCCCAACCACCUGGUUUUGACUUGGAGAUCUUGUGUUGUUCCCUUCUGUACAGUUAUGCCUACAUCAAAGAAUCCCUCUAAAGUUAUCGUUCAUCCAAUAGUCCUCCUCAGUGUGGUGGACCACUACAACAGGUUGAGCAAGAUUGGUAACCCUGGGCGGGUAGUAGGCGUAUUGCUCGGCUCCUGGAGGAAAGGAGACGCUGUGGACGUCGCCACCAGUUUUGCAGUUCCAUUUGAUGAAGACACACGUAAUCCUGAAGUAUGGUUUCUUGAUCACAGUUAUCUGGAAAACAUGGCCGGGAUGUUUCGCAAAGUCAAUUCUCGUGAGCGUAUAGUGGGCUGGUAUCACACGGGACCCAAACUGUAUCGUAACGACAUGAAGAUUCACGAACUUAUUAAGAAAUAUUGUCCCAACCCAGUUUUAGUGAUUGUUGAUGCUAAACCGCUAGAUCAGAAGUUGCCCACUGAUGCUUAUUAUGCCAUUGAAGAAAUCCAUGAGGACGGUACCCCAGCUGUGAAAACAUUUGAACAUGUGGCAAGUGAAAUCGGAGCAGAAGAGGCAGAGGAAGUUGGCGUGGAACAUUUGUUAAGGGAUAUUCAAGAUAAGACAGUGGGUACUCUUUCCCAGCGUAUCAACACACAGUCGCAUGCUCUUGAAGGACUCCAGCGUCACAUGGAGCAGAUACAAGGCUACCUGGAGAAAGUCCUAGCUGGUCAAUUACCACUGAAUCACCCAAUCCUCUACCAAUUGCAGGACAUAUUUAAUUUACUGCCUAAUCUUAACUUGGAGGAGUUUACUAGAGCGUUUGCUGUGAAGACUAAUGAUCAGAUGCUCAUCAUUUACGUUACUAGUAUCGUACGCUCCGUGAUUGCACUACAUAAUCUUAUUGGUAAUAAAGUGAGCAACAGAGAGGCUGAGAAACUGGAGGAGGAAGGAGGCAAGGAUGGAAAGAAAGAUGAGAAGAAGGGUGACGAGAAGAAGUCUGAGGAUAAAAAAGGUUCUGAAGAUAAGAAAAGCGAAGAUAAGAAGUCUGAAGAUAAGAAAGGUUCUGACGACAAGUCAAGUGGAAAGACCGAGAAGAAAUCUUAAUUUAACUACUUCUCAUUUUAUUGCAAUCAUUAUUAUAAAAAUAAAAUAUUAUUUUAAAGUGUAAAUCUUAACUUCAGAAGGA